CAACAGCGGCAAGAUGGCGGUGAAAACAGUAACGUAAUGGCAAUGUACAUAAAAUUUUUCAUGAUUUAUAGAGAGAAAUGAUACUUUUUGAAUAAAUAAGUAAGCCAAAGAAAUCAAAAUGCCUAUUGGGCCAUUUGGAGAAAUUGUGGGUACAACAGGUACCCUAGAAGGUGUUGCAGAAGGUGCUAAGAACUACAAAAGCAAUGUUGUGGUUCCAAGAAAUCCUAAAGUUGUUAAACCUGAUGAACCUGGAUUCAAGAUGACACCUUCAAUCUACAUGUUUCAAAUGUCUCUGGACACAGAGAAAAAAUUAGCUAACACUCAUGACAUGAGAAUCCCUAAGAAAGUGGAACUUUUGGAUAUGGGAGAGACAACAUACCAACUGGUUUCACAUGUCUCCAUAGAUGAGUGCAUGUUUCAGCCAUUUCCUUCAGAAGUCUUCUUUCAAAAUUACAAACCUUUUGAGACCUAUGAAAUCCCUUUAGUCCUCAGAAACAAUGACAAGGUUCCCAGACUGGUCAAGGUGACCCAGGCAGACUCCCCAUACUUCAAGAUCAUCAGUCCAAAUGAUGUUGGCCACAAAGUGGGCCCUGGCCUGCCCCGGACAUUCAGGAUUCUCUUCACACCUGAUCAGAUUAAGGACUACAACCAUGAACUGGUGUGUGUCACAGAAAGAGAAAAAUUCAUCGUCCCUGUGAAAUGUAUAGGGGCCAGAGCUCUCCUGGAUUUUCCAGAUGAAGUCAAUUUUCCUGUCAGUCCAGUGAAGUAUCCGUCCACCAAGACGCUUUUAGUGAGGAACAUUGGAAAUAUGGAUGCAAAGUUUGACUUAAAAACAGAAGAGCCUUUUAAAGUGAGCCCUCUCAAUGGAGUUCUUCCUGUAAAUGAAAGCAUGCAAGUGACCAUAGAAUUCAAGCCAAUGACUGUGGGUGACCACUGUAAGGACCUCAUAUUGCACCUGGACACAGGAGAAGACAUAUAUAUCAGUUGUUACGGUGCAGCACAAGAUGCCAAUGUGCGUUUGGACAAGAACUCCAUUCGUAUAGAAAACACAUAUAUCUCCAUGGCCAACCAGAGGACCAUCACCAUCAUCAACCGCAGCGAUGUGAUCGCGCACUUCCACUGGACACAGUUUGCUACACAGCAGGAAGAGGACAUGCAGAAAAUGAGGUAUUGCCAGGACCUGGAGAAAGAGGAGAUGUCUGAGACUGACAGGUUUCUGGAGGAAUGCAUCAGUGACCCAACACUCAGAGACAAAAUGUCUGUACUUAGUAGGACAUUCCAGAACAGAAAGAAAUUGAUCGGCAAUGACAAGAUGCUGUUCAGUGAUAACGUGGUGAGGAUAGAGCCAGUGGAAGGGGACAUCUGGCCCAACUCCUCCGCAGAGGUCACCAUGAUCUUCAAACCCGACCAAGCCAAAAACUACACAAGGACAGCCUUCUGUGACGUCACGGGGCGCGAGUCGCGUCUGCCACUGCGCAUCCAGGGGGUCGGCAUGGGCCCAAAAGUUCAGUUCUCCUUCGAUGUCCUAGACAUGGGGAACAUAUUUGUGAACUCGACACACAGUUACGAGGUUGUCUUGGCUAAUAAAGGGGACAUAGAUGCCAUUUUCACCCUACUCCCCAAUAACAGCAUAUUUGGGCCCAGGUUUACCUUCAACCCGUCAGAGAGCAUUGUAAUGCCAGGAGGGCACCAGGCAAUCCAGAUCACAUUCAACAGUCCAAUCCUAGGGGACUUUCAGGAAGACUUCUAUUUUCAAGUGGAUGGGCAACCUGAGAAGCUGAAACUUACUUUUAGUGGCUCAGUGAUUGGCCCAACCUUCCACUUUGAUGUGCCAAAACUGGAGUUUGGAACAAUCUCCUACGGCUUUGUGAAUACGCGUCACUGCACCCUGGUGAACACUGCUCUGGUGCCCAUGACCUUUAACCUGCGUGUUCCUGGUGAUGGGAUAAGUGACAGCAUCUCCAGUCUCAGUGACUAUGACAGUAACUAUAGUGAGGCGGGCUCCAUGCUGCCACCUAAGGAAUUUGAGGUGGUCCCCAGCACUGGUACCCUGCAGCCCCAGAGUGAGGUCCGUAUCCAGGUGAAUGUCACCUCAAACACUGUGAAGAAAUACGACAUGGCCUUGGUGGUGGAUGUGGAUGGGGUCGGGGAUGAGGUGGUCUCUCUGCCCAUCACAGCCAGGUGUGUUGUACCACCAAUCACAGUGUUAACACCAAUCCUGGACUAUGGUCGCUGUUUCCUGCGCCACCCGUAUGAGCGUUAUGUGAAACUCCACAACGACACAGACCUGCCAGCCAAGUAUGAGCUGUUGGUGCAGCAGGUGGAUGAGAUGACCACCAUAUUUUACCACAGCCCUCAGCCCAAGGGAAUCCUUGCACCCAACUCUGUUAUGGAUGUCCCCCUGAUUAUAGAGCCCCAAGGACUGGAGGAACUGGAGUGUGUGGCUCUCUUCCUCAUAUUUGGCAGUGGAGAGGUGCCAUUGCCUGUCCAGUUGAUAUGUAUAGGAGAGGGUCCUGUCGUCCAUGUGACUCCACUACAACUGGACUGGGGUCAAAUGCCUGUACUGACCGAUGUCUCCAAGACAAUAAAGCUGUCCAAUGAGUCACUUAUUCCAGCCAAAUUCACUGCUCAUAUGGUCCGUCCUAAUUCCAACUGGUGCGUGGAGCCAAGAGAGGGUGAGAUUCCUGCAGAAGAGGUCCUAGAGCUCACGGUCACAGCCAACCUGGACGACUGUGUCCGGUUCCAGGAUAAGUUACAGGUCAAUUUCCUAGAGGGACAGUCCAGAACUAUUCCAGUUACUGGCUAUGGCUAUGGCACCACCAUAGCCACAGACCCUCCCAUGGCUGAGGGGGUCAACCUGGGACCUUACUUCAGUAAGAACCCUUGCCGCAAGGUGUUCAGACUGACCAACAAAGGGCGUCGCCUCCAACAGCUUGUGUGGACCACCGAGGGCUACUCUCUCCUUCGUGCCAAAAGAGACACGGUUGAACCAGACACCAAGGAUGUCAGAUACAAGAACAUGCCCCCAGCCCCUGAGCCCUGGCAGCCCAUCUUCAAGCUGACUCCAGCCAGGAUUGAACUGGUCCCUGGGGAGAGCCAGGAUGUGGUGCUGGAGGGAUAUGUUGACAUGCCUCAAAAUGUCCAUGAGACACUACUCUGUCAUGCUAUCAUAGGCCGUAGUGGUGGCAAGGAGCUGAUCAUGAGGGUGGACAUUAGGGCAGAGUUCAUCAGCCCAUUGCUGGAUUUCUCCUCCAGAAAUGUGUUCUUCAGGGUGGACAAGCAUCCAGAGGAAGAACUGAGUCUCCAGACCCAGGACUUUACCCUCAGCAAUGUGUCUAGCCUUCCACUGAACGUCAUGCUGGGCCUCAAGUAUCCAUUUCAGCUGGUCAUCAGAGAAGGACAGGAUAAGAAGAUCUGCUCUGAGAUGGAGAUGAGCCUUGCCAUAGGGGAGUCUCAGACCAUCAGAAUCCAGUUUGAUCCCUCCUACAAGGAUGAUUUCCACAUUCGUACUGCGGAGGAAGUGCUGACAGUGGCCUACAAAGAACACCCACAUGUGGACUACAUCGCCCUGAGAGGAGAAGUCUACUUUCCCAACUUAGAAUUUGAGAAGAGUGUAAUAAACUUUGGCUGUAUCCUGAAUGACACAGAGGUCACACGGUACGUCAACAUCACCAACAACAGCCCUAUGGAGGUCAAAUACAAGUGGUGUUUCCUCAUUGGUGAUGAGCCUUGCACAGUUUUCCACAAGCGUCAGACUGUCACUCACCAGGUCAUAGGGGAGGAGCUUGAAGAGUACUAUGAGGAAGGUCAGAGUCAAGGUCGCUCCAGCCAAGGUGAAGGUCAGCCAGAGGGUCAAGGCCAGCAAGUUGAAGUGGAAAUUCAGGACUCAGAGCAGUAUGCUCAAGAGUUGGAAGAGUCAAGACAAGAAGAGAAGGUAAGAGAGAUUCAGAGUAAAUGGGUGGUCUCUCUGCCCAUCACAGCCAGGUGUGUUGUACCACCAAUCACAGUGUUAACACCAAUCCUGGACUAUGGCCGCUGUUUCCUGCGCCACCCGUAUGAGCGCUAUGUGAAACUCCACAAUGACACAGACCUGCCAGCCAAGUAUGAGCUGUUGGUGCAGCAGGUGGAUGAGAUGACCACCAUAUUUUACCACAGCCCUCAGCCCAAGGGAAUCCUUGCACCCAACUCUGUUAUGGAUGUCCCUCUGAUUAUAGAGCCCCAAGGACUGGAGGAACUGGAGUGUGUGGCUCUCUUCCUCAUAUUUGGCAGCGGAGAGGUUCCAUUGCCUGUCCAGUUGAUAUGUAUAGGAGAGGGUCCUGUCGUCCAUGUGACUCCACUACAACUGGACUGGGGUCAAAUGCCUGUACUGACCGAUGUCUCCAAGACAAUAAAGCUGUCCAAUGAGUCACUUAUUCCAGCCAAAUUCACUGCUCAUAUGGUCCGUCCUAAUUCCAACUGGUGCGUGGAGCCAAGAGAAGGCGAGAUUCCUGCAGAAGAGGUCCUAGAGCUCACAGUCACAGCUAACCUGGACGACUGUGUCCGGUUCCAGGACAAGCUACAGGUCAAUUUCCUGGAGGGCCAGUCCAGAACUAUCCCAGUUACUGGCUAUGGCUACGGCACCACCAUAGCCACAGACCCUCCCAUGGCUGAGGGGGUCAACCUGGGACCUUACUUCAGUAAGAACCCUUGCCGCAAGGUGUUCAGACUGACCAACAAAGGGCGUCGUCUCCAACAGCUUGUGUGGACCACGGAGGGCUACUCUCUCCUUCGUGCCAAAAGAGACACAGUUGAACCAGACACCAAGGAUGUCAGAUACAAGAACAUGCCCCCAGCCCCUGAGCCCUGGCAGCCCAUCUUCAAGCUGACUCCAGCCAGGAUUGAACUGGUCCCUGGGGAGAGCCAGGAUGUGGUGCUGGAGGGAUAUGUUGACAUGCCUCAAAAUGUCCAUGAGACCCUCCUCUGUCAUGCUAUCAUUGGCCGUAGUGGUGGCAAGGAGCUGAUCAUGAGGGUGGACAUUAGGGCAGAGUUCAUCAGCCCAUUGCUGGAUUUCUCCUCCAGAAAUGUGUUCUUCAGGGUGGACAAGCAUCCAGAGGAAGAACUGAGUCUCCAGACCCAGGACUUUACCCUCAGCAAUGUGUCCAGCCUUCCACUGACCAUCAUGCUGGGCCUCAAGUAUCCAUUUCAGCUGAUCAUCAGAGAAGGACAGGAUAAGAAGAUCUGCUCUGAGAUGGAGAUGAGCCUUGCCAUAGGAGAGUCCCAGACCAUCAGAAUCCAGUUUGAUCCCUCCUACAAGGAUGAUUUCCACAUUCGCACUGCAGAGGAAGUGCUGACAGUGGCCUACAAAGAACACCCACAUGUGGACUACAUUGCCCUGAGAGGAGAAGUCUACUUUCCCAACUUAGAAUUUGAGAAGAGUGUAAUAAACUUUGGUUGUAUCCUGAAUGACACAGAGGUCACACGGUACGUCAACAUCACCAACAACAGCCCUAUGGAGGUCAAAUACAAGUGGUGUUUCCUCAUUGGUGAUGAGCCUUGCACAGUUUUCCACAAGCGUCAGACUGUCACUCACCAGGUCAUAGGGGAGGAGCUUGAAGAGUACUAUGAGGAAGGUCAGAGUCAAGGUCGCUCCAGCCAAGGUGAAGGUCAGCCAGAGGGUCAAGGCCAGCAAGUUGAAGUGGAAAUUCAGGACUCAGAGCAGUAUGCUCAAGAGUUGGAAGAGUCAAGACAAGAAGAGAAGGAAGUAGACAAGGAACUGAUGUUGAUCAUAGAUGAAGACCAAAAAGACUUGGAUACUGAGAAGGGAUCAGUUCAUAAGGCAGACUCAGAGAAGGCAGAAACUGACAGACAAGUAUCUGAAAAGGGAGGGUCACCUCAGAUGCAGGAGGCUGUAGAGAAACUGGACCUUGGCCGCGGUGUAAGUGUCCAGAGCCGGCAGAGCCGGGCAAUGAGCAGGAUGGACACUGGGACACCCAAGCCACCUGUACUGGUCAAUGCCAAACUGGCCGAGCUGAUGGACAGAGAGCCAGAGGAGGAAGACCUGGGGGUGGAGGAGAUAUUUGACAUCUUGCCCCUGUACGGCACCCUUAAGUCUGGUGACACAGAGCAGAUUACCUUGACCUUCUAUGGUCAUGCAGACAUAGGCAGCAAGGCCAGAGCUAUCUGUGAGGUGGAAGGAGGACCCACAUAUGUGGUGGAACUGAAGGGAGAGGCCUCUCUUGUACAGUAUGCCUUUGAUUGCCAGGAUAUAGACUAUGGGAAGCAGAUGUAUGACCAAGUAGCAGAGACCCAGAUCACCCUGAUAAACACAGGAAAAGUAGGCUUUAACUUCACUGCAAUCAACAUGGAUCCCAGCCUGGAGAAAAAGCCCAGAGCCGGGGUGCCUGUUAUGAUUCCACACACUGGCUAUAUUGAGCCAUUCAGUGAGUUAAUCCUGACAGUCAAGUACCUCCCCGGGGUACCAGAGAGAUUCCAUCGCAGCUUCCAGAUCCAAGUGGCACACUUCGAACCUGACACCAUCAACAUCUACGGAGAGGGUGUAUUUCCCAGGAUCUCUCUGGACCUGCCGCGGGUGGACGACAAUGACGGGAGGUACUCCUCACAACUGAAGGAGGCCAGAGAGUUGCUGAGUGGGGAGAAGAAGUGUGGGAAGGAUCCCUUCAACAGCCUGGCGUCCACACUGAGGGAGACACACAGGGAGGAUGACAAUGUGUUCCUGCAGCCUGAAGGCAUGCCCUCUGAGCUAGAGCUGCAGAUGGAGGUGGAGAGACUGAUGGUGAAGGAAUACGCCAUGGACCAACUGCAGCAGUCCAACAGGUCUGAAACACACGACACAUCCCACGUGCCCACCACACAUGACAGCAAGGAGCACAGCAAGAAAGGGAAGAGAAAGAAGAACAGACCCCGCCUCCCUGACUAUCUCCUGGACUUUGGCUACGUCGUACUGGGCACAGUGCGCACACACAUUGUGCGUGCAACAAACAGUGGAUGGUACCCUGCCUCUUUCUCCGUUGACCAUGAGCAGAGUCACGGCACUGGUUUUAAUGUAGAACUUGACCGUGUGAAGCAGCUGCCUGGUGCUCCUGACCAUGAGACAGUGGACUUUGUGGUCAGUUUUGACCCUAGGGGAGCCAACCUGCCACUGGGGGAUAUAGACACUGUAGUUCCUAUUACUAUUGUAAACGGCCCCCAGAUCAAUGUGCGUCUGCAUGCCAACGUGACAAUGCCUGAGAUGACAGUGUCUGCAGACACCCUGGAGUUUGGGGAGGUCAAGUGUGGCGAGUGUAAGAUAAUCACUAUCCAGCUUUACAACCACAAGUUUGUACGCUGUGAAUGGAAUUCUCUGCCACUGGAGAAAGACAAGAAAAAGGACAAGCACAUUCCCAUGCACCUGCGUCGCAAGAUGCGUCAGGAGAAAGCCAAGCCACGCACAUUUGAAGUGAUGCCCCCCAUGGGCGUGCUCAUGCCAGGACAGAGACUCAAUGUGCAAGUCAAGUUUAUGCCCACGGAAGAGAAAUACUAUGAAUACAGGGUUCCUAUCCGUAUAGCUCAGAGUAGUCAGCGUCUGCUGGUCCUGGCCAGGGGAAAUGGUCUGGAGCCCAGGCUGGACUUUGAGAAGACCCUGAUGGAGUUUGGCCCCAUUCUGCCCCACAGUCCUGGGGACGAGAGAGAGGUGGUGGUCAGAAACCCAUGUCAGUUCCCUAUAGAGAUUUAUAACCUGGAGUUUGACAAGACAUAUCUUGAAGAAGAGAAGGUCCUGAGGCUAAUGAAAGGAUAUGAUGAGUACAACACAAUUCUCCUACCACCAAGAGGUCCCUCAGAGAAAUUACCAGCAGAGCUGCUGGAGUAUUAUGAAGACCAAAUGAAGAAGCUGGAAGAGGUGGAGCGCAAGAAGAGAGAGAAGGAGGAGGCAGCAGAAGCAAGCAGAAAAGAGCAGGAAGAGAGAGAAGCUGCAGCAGAGGAAGGAGAGGAGAAAGCUGAAGGAGAAAAUGGAGAACCAGAGACCCCUAAACUUGAUAUUCCCCAAAUUGCCAGGACUGCUCCGUCCCGAACUGGUACUGCUGAUGCAUCCAAAGGAGAAGAAACGAAGGAGGGCAGUGGAGAGGAUGAAGAGAAGGAAGAUAAAGAGGAAGAACAAGAAGAAGACAAGCCUGGAGAGUCUAUUGGCAGUGCAGGUGUAGGUGAGCUGGAGAUAACACCAGUAUCAGCCGCCAUUGCCCGCCAUCUUGGAAUUGACUUGACACAGGAGGGAAAAGCUGCAAGGAACCGCAGAGGAGUGGCAUUUAUUGUUCACGGAGCUCCUAUGGCUGGCAAAACCUCCAGUGCUGUAGCCCUAGCCAAGCACUACGAGGCAGCAUUACUGACACUAGAUGGUGUCAUAUUAGAGGCCAUUUCUAAUGGCUCCACACCCGCAGGUCUGCGUGCACGUGAGAUGUGUGCAGAGGCAGCACGUAAACAGGCAGAACUUGAAAAGCUUGCAGAGGGGAUGGGUGAAGAAGGAGAGAAAAUCAAAGCUGGUGGACUAACAGCUGAAGCAGUGGCUGCUCACACUCAGGGGACAGGUCCUGCUGCAGCCCACGCUCCAAGUAUCAUCUCCAACCGUAAGACCAGCACAGUGGCUGAUCACAAGGGAGGCAAGGAGAAGAUUAAGGCAGGAAUAGCUGCCUCCUCCGUGGAUGGCACGAGUCAGUCUGAUAAUGCCAAAAUUCAGCGAGGACGAGGUGCUGCUGCUGCCGCACAGGAAGAAGAUGCAUCACAGGUCCCCAGCAGUCCACCCCCACUGGCAGCCCCAAUAGCUCGCCGUCUCAGUGUGAGUGCCAGCGUGGCAGGAGAGGGUGGUCUCAUGAGCUGUGUGCUACCUGAGGAACUGCUGGUAGACAUACUGGCAGAGAGGCUACAGCUGAAUGACUGUCACCGUGGCGUGGUGUUUGAUGGGCUGGACACACUGUUCAGUGCUAACAUGGUCAAUGCUCUCUAUGCCCUCCUCAAGGCUCUCAACAACAGAAAGUACCUGUACUUUGUCACCCUGAAGCUCAGCUAUGACACCUUGAAGGAGAGAGAGAAGAAAGAACAGGAGGAGAAAGAGCGUAUGGAAAAGGAGAAAGAGGAAGCAGAGAGACGACGCCUUGAGGAAAUGUCAGAGGAUGAAUAUGAUGCCCUGACUGAUUCUGAGAAAGCUGAGGUAGACAGGAAGAGGUUGGAGAUUAAGAAAGAAAGGAUUAAGAGAGAGCAAGAAGAAAAAGCUGAGCGAGAGCGACGUGAACGUGAAGCCAGGGAAGCUGAGUUGCGCAGACUGGAGGAGGAAAAGCUUCAGAAGAAGAAACCAAAGAAGGGGGAUGCCAAGGAAGAGAAGGGUGCAGCAGGGAAGAAACCCCCUGGCAAAGCAGAGCCUGCCAGUAGCAGGAUGUCUGUACAGAAACAAGGUGGCAAGGCACAUGAGAGUGAGCAUGGUCUACCUAAAGGCGCAGCUGGAAUGGAGCGUCCAGAAUCUCACCAAACCAUGCAUAGUGAUGAGGAUGCCAACCUCAACCCUCCAUCUGGCAGGAAAAAACACAAAGGCAGCAAGGAAGGCAAGCGACCUGUUUCUACAGAAAAAGAAAACUUGCCACCUGAGGAGCCUCCAAAGGAACAGAAGAGUGAAGCUGAGAUACUCCUUAUGCAGAAAUUCAAAUCAUUUGAACACACUCAGAAAGACAUUGGAGAAAUUAUUGAGCUGUGGGAUAGGACAAUCUUGGAUAAGCACCGUCCUGGUACGCCCUCUGAUAAAUCUGAUAUGGCUGAGGAAUCUGUGAUUCACCCACCAUCUGGGAAGAAAGGCAAGAAGAUGGACAAGGAGAAAGGAGAUAAGGAUAAGCAUGACAAGGAGAAAGGGAAGGGUCACAAAGAAGACAAAAGUGAAGCAGAGAAGAGUGCAAAAGAGGCUGCUGAGACAGAAGAAGGUGAAGAAGCUGCAGAGCCAGAGCCUGAGAAACCCCGUCUUGAUGGCAUUGGUAUCCCCCACAUCCUCCUAGACUGUACAGACAUAGACCAGCCUGGGCCACAGAUACUGGAGAACAAGAAACUGCCCACUGUGCAAGAGAUCCUGGAUGGGUUAGGCCUGGGACCUAAUGGACCCCCAGUGCCACCCCCAGCAGAAUUUGCUGUGGUGCCAUAUCCAGUAAAGAGACGUGCCCCAGGAGACACAGAGCCCAGCAGCCACUAUGUCUUUGUAGCUGCAUCUGCUAACAUAGCCUCUGAAGAAAAACCCAAGGAGCCUGAGCCUGAGGAAGAGAAGUCAGUGACCCCAGACAAGAGCAAGGAAGACCACACGACUCCCACCAAGAGCACCAAGGGCUCCAAGGCUGAAAAACUCAGGGCUGGGGCCGAGAGCCAGAAGGCACAGAGAAAGACCAGUGCUGGGAAGAAGGGAGGAAGGAAGGGAUCAACCAGUGGGGCUGCCUCACCUCCGCCUGGGUCUGUGACCCCAAUUAUGGACGCUGACCAAGCUAGCACAAUCGGAGAUGGUGGGGAUGCCAAGAACCCCAAGCUGGGCACUUUCCGCUGGGUCAUCCCGGCCAAUGGGGAGGUGACCAUCAGGCUGAGGUUUUUAUCAGAGGAACUGGGUCAGUUUGACCAGACGCUGAACUUUGAGAUAGUUGGUACCCGCCGCAGAUACCAGCUGUACUGCAGAGGGAUCUGUGCCUUCCCUAAUAUCAGCAGAGAGCCAAGGAUUGUGUUUCAACACCGCAAGAAGAACAAGAAGAGUGAUGAAAUAGUGUCAAAGAAAUACAUCCUCAUGAAUGAGGUGUUUGAGUUUGGACCUCUGCUUGUUGGAAAGCCAAGAGACAAGAUAAAAGAAGGCAAGUUCCCAGAGCACAUGGAGAAGAUGACCAUCAUGAACACCUCUCCGCUGGACGCUGACAUUAGUUUCUGUUACUAUAACGACAGCAAGGCCGAGACCUUCCUCCUUGACCCGCCCACCAUGUUGCUGAAACCUGGGGAAUCACAGGAACUGUCUAUCUGGGCAUACCCCAAGACAGCUGGUUUCUAUGAGGACACCAUUGUGUGUUGUAUCAGAGAGAAUCCAGAGCCUGUCACAUUCAAGGUGUCUUGUCAUGGUGUCAGACCUGAGCUGGAGCUGGAUAAGAAACAGCUGUUGUUUGAGAAAGUUCUGCUUCACAGGAAGGACACAAAGACCAUCUACCUGAGGAACAGCACCCUCCUCCCUGUGGCCUGGAAGAUAGAUGGCCUGGAGAGCCUGGGGGAUGACUUCUCUGUGUCACAGGAAAGUGGUAUCAUCCAGCCCAAGUCAGAGUUUGCACUACACGCCCAUUUCAGGGCCACCAAAGCCACUGUGACCAGUAAGAAGGUCAUCAGGCUGCAUAUCAUGGAUGCAGAGGGAUUCAUGGGUAUGGUGUACACAGAGACCAUUCAGGUCCAUGCUGAAGCUUACGAUGUGGCUCUUGACAUGAGCUUCCCGAAAGGUGCAGAUGGUGGCAUUGACUUUGGGGCAUUGAGAGUUAUGGAAGAGUCCAAGCAGCAGAUAUCCCUGAAGAACAAGGGGAAAUAUGAGAUUCAGUACAGUUUCACCUUUGAGCCCACUGAUGACCCAGCCACCAAGGACGUCCACAACCUGUUCAGCAUCAGUCCAGCCAAGGCCACUCUCAGCCCUGUAGAUCGCCCCACUCCUGUCUCUGUGGUGUUCCGCUCUCGUCAGGAAUGCUGGAUCAGGGACCAGCCUAUCUUGAGAUGUCAGGUGAUUGAACCAAACUAUGGCGAUGGCGGGGAGGUCAUAGCCAGCAUUCCUGUCAAGAUCACUGUUAAGGCUGUCUUUAGCAAAUACAACAUCUACCCAGUGACGGACAUGAACUUUGGAGCGCUCCUGGUGAACAGUAAGAAGUCACGUACUUUCACCAUAGAGAACAAGGGAGAGUUUGACUUCAAGUACACUGUGGCUAAGAUGGUCAGAGAGAAAGACAAAGAGGUUGCACACAGAUCAAGAGGAGCUGGAAAAGACAAAGAUGCCAAGCGUACCAAGUCUAGAGAUGGCUCUAGUUCUGGUCGCUCUGUUGUCAAACCUAAGAAAACGGAAUCUGUCAGACAGGACCUGGGUGUGGGCGGUGGUGGUCAGUCCCGUCUCAUCCUGGGCAUGUUCACCAUUUUCCCAGCCUAUGGCAUCAUACUGCCCAAUGGUCAACAGGUCAUCAAUGUGGACUGUAUAGCUGAACAGCCUGGCAGGUGUGAUGAGGACAUUGCCAUUGAAAUCAGUGACAAGGACCCCUCUGAUAAUCCCACGGGCAUCCCCUAUCGGCUGAUGGCAGAAGCCUGCAUUCCCUCCAUCAACCUGGCUGAUGUGGGGUCCAUCUUUGAGGAGCACAGGAUCUGUAAGAACUUGUCUGUCUGGCAGCACAGUCACCAGCUGGAGAGUGGUGGAGUAUAUGGGGAAGAUGAGAACAAGUUUGUGUUCCAGAAUGUCAUUGUAGGCCGCAAAGCCAGAGCACGCUUCAAGAUUACCAAUACCAACAAGGUACCAUGUGAUGUCGCCUUCUCUGUGCGACCAGUGGCAAGCCGCCAUAGCUCCAAGCACCAAGAUAUCUUCGAGGUAGAACCUGUCAGGGGUCAAAUCUCAAGUCACAGUCACAUGUAUGCUACAGUCACAUUCACCCCACCAUCCAUGCAGGCGUUUAAUGCCAUGUUUGAGGCGUCCAUUGAGGGCAUACCACAACAACAGGCUAAAGGGCGAAACUUGGUGUUUGAGGUGGCAGGUGAAGGCAACCUCCCUCGUAUUACUAUCAUGAAGCCCACGGUGCGCAACAAGAAGGGCCAACCAUUGAUUUUGUUCAGGAAGAUCCUGAUUGGACGAAAUGAGAGGAUGCCAUUACUGCUGGUGAAUGAUGGGACUUUGCCCAGCAAGGUUGACAUAGAUCUUGUGGACCCAGAUGGUUGCUUCUCCAUGAAGCCCACAGGAAACACCAGGGCCAUCAUGGCUGAUGGGGAAGACGAUGGUCUAAAGAGGCCUCACACAGCCUCUGUGGUGGUCAAUGUAGAGGAGAGUGCCUCCUUUGAUGUCAUCUUCAAGCCUACCCUGGCCCAGCGGUCAACUGCCCAUGUCAGACUGGCCGUGGUGGACAACCAGUACGAGGAUUCGGUCAUUCAGCUGGUUGGGGAGGGAUAUGAGGAUGACAUCACUCUGGAUAACAUCCACAGCGUGGUGAUGCCUGUGGACCCAGAGAAAGAGGAAGGCAAUAUGGCUGAAGAGGAUGUAGAGGCUGCCAAGUCCAAUCAUGUCCACUUUGGCGACUGCUACAUCAACGAGCCAAGAACCUUGACCUUCACAAUGACCAACCACUCCAAGACUGACUGUGUUAGGUUCCAGUGGCCAGACCAUGACCAACUGACCUUCUCACCUAAAGUUGGUCAUCUCCACGCUGGCGUGUCCAAGGACAUGACAGUAACAUUCAAAACAGGAGAGCCCAAAUCUCUUAAUGAGUCCCCAGUACCAUGCAGGGUGACCAAGGUGACCUUUGACAAGCCAGUCAACCAGGUAUCAGACUGGGAUGACCGGCUCAGGACAGUAAAGUGGGUGGACGUGACCCCUCCACCCCCAGCUCAGCCAGUAGAGCCUGCACCCCCAGCUCCACCAGAGAAGGGCCAGCCUAAACCCCAGACCCCUGUCCCCACACUACCACCUGUCCCUGCCUUCACACCACGACCAGCCAAGAAGAAAGUGAUUGAAACCGAACCAGAGCCUGCCUUCACUGAGGUUCCUGACUCCUCACGCACUGUAGACAUGUUGGUGUCUGCGAACUCGGACUUCUGUAAGGUCAAGUGUAAACUGGACUCCAUCAAGUUUAAGGACACGCUCAUGUUCCAGACCAGAGUUUAUGAGUUUCAGAUGAACAACAAAGGCAGCGUCCAGCUGGACUACAAUUGGCAGGUGGUCAUGGAGAACUUCUCGCCCAUGGCACGCUCCGUCACAUUCGCCACAGAUCCUGACCGCCCUGAGUCCCGCGCCAGCUCAGUGACUAGCUACAUCAGUGACAUAGGAACUGGUUACAUUCCAUACUCCAUUGAGCCAGAGUGUGGCACCAUUGCUGCUGGGAAGAAAGCAACAUUCAAGGUCAAGUUUUCUCCUCUUGACGUGCAUGAGUUUGAAGCUAGACUUAUCUGCAGUGUUCCUAACCUAGAGGAGGGCAAGCAGGGUCCAGUGAUAGCAGUGAAGGGGCGCAGUCUCAUGCCCUACUGCCACUUUGAACUAGAGGACUCGGACUACAUCAGCAAUGCCAGGAGGAACCCUGAACUCCCUGGCCCCAAUGGUGCCCCCUCCGGCACCUCGCUUGACCCCAAUACCAGGGUCAUUGAGUUCCAUUCCAUUGGUGUGGGUGUCAAGAAUACAAGGAAAUUCUUCAUUGUGAAUCCCACAAAUGCCACAUUCACAUUUACGUGGGUGAAUGAAGAUGCCCAGGAUCCCAAGAAGGUCCCUGUGUUCAACUGCCUGGUGCCCAAGGGCAGUGUCAGGAGUGGAAAGAAACAUGAGAUUACAUUUGACUUCAUCCCUAAUGAACUGGAUGUGGUGGAAUCCUUCUGGAGGUUUAUAAUCCCAGAACAUAGUAUUUCCAUCCCCUUCCUGCUGGCUGGCUUCACCAAGGAGCCCAGCAUCUCCCUGGACAGGUCUCACCUCAACUACAAGGCACUGCUCAUAGGGCAUGAAGCCAUAGAGACAGUGUACAUGCUGAACAAUGAGGACACAGCAUUCAAGUUUGACUUUGUGGAGGAGUCGUGUCACUCAGCGGGUUAUGCCUCUCAUCUCAGAGUGGAACCCAUGAGUGGCUGGAUACAACCUGGGGACAGGCUCCCUGUCAACCUGUUCUUUACCCCUACCAAUGAUAAGGAGGUCAACUUUAAUGUGAUCUGCAAUGUGAAGCGCAAGACGUUUCCCAUUACACUCAAUGUGAAAGCAGAGGGCUACACCAUGAGCUGCACUCUGAUGUGUGAGGACUCCUCUGGGAACAAAGUGGAACUCACAUCAAAUGGCCUCAAUGAGAUCAACUUUGGAGAGGUUGAAGUCAAUGAGCAGUCAGUCCGCAACCUGUUCAUCAUCAACCACGGCAAGUUCAACUUCGACUACAAGUGGGAGAUCAAUGAGAGGAGCAGCAAGGGGCACAAGAUGGUGUCCGUCACACCAGAUGUGGGCGGAGUCAUGUUUGGAGAGAAACAGAAGUGUGUCCUGUCAUUCUGUCCACCUACCAGUACUUCGCUAAGAGGAUGUGAACUCAUCUUGAGGAUCUCCAAUGGCCCCAGCUACACCAUCAAUGUAGUAGGCUAUGGCAGACCUCCUGGCCUGCACUUCAGUUUCCACACACACAACUUUGGCCCCUGCUUCAUCUAUCGUCCAGGCAUGCCAAAACUGACCACCACACUUAAAGUGACCAACAAAGACACCAAGGAUAUAAGUCUUGAUUGCCUGUACAAGAACUCAGCACAGCUGCACCAUGACUUUGAGGCUCAGGUGCUGCCCCCAGGGAAGACAGUGGACAUCAACUUUACCUUCUACCCCCAGGAGGUCAAGCGCUACAUUGAGCAGGUCACCUUCGAGAUCAAUGGGCUGUCCAAACAGGGAAUAGAGAUCAUAGGACAGGGAACCAAGAUGAAGAUUGAAGUGGCCAACCCUAAGCAGAAGCUGGUCAACUUUGGUGCACUGAGGGUCAAUCAGGUGGUCAAGAAGGUCAUCCCCAUAGUGAACAACAGCCCAGCGCCAAUCUCCUUCAACCUGACCAUCACCCCCAACAACAUGGCUCUGCAGGAUGCCUCCAUCUUGAACUGGUCCCCCAAGAAUAACAUCACGCUGGAACCCAAGGGGGGCACUUGCAAAGUGGAGGUGACCUUCUCCCCCAAGACCAGGAUUACACAGUUCACAGAGGAGGUGCUGCUGGAGUGUGCUGGUAUGAACCAGCCUCUGUUUGUGAUCACUGGCUCAUGUCAGGGUGUGGAGAUCUCCCUGGAUAAUGAUGCCAUUCCAUUUGGAGCUGUGGUGCAGCGCAGCCAGAGCACGCGCAAACUGGUCAUGACAAAUUCUGGGGACAUAGGCGCAAGGUUUCACUGGGAUGUGGAAAAAUUCAAGCCAGACUUCUCCAUCAGCCCAGUCAGUGGUUACAUCUCCCCAGGAAUGGAGGUCAACUUUGAGAUCACUUUCCAUCCACUGGAGCUGAGCCAGGAUAUCAGAUAUGAGCGUCUAAAAUGUGACAUUGAGGGUGACAAACCCCUGAGACUAACACUGACAGGGAUGUGCAUUGGAGUGCCACCCGUAAAGGAGCAGCAGCACAUCAACACGCACGUGCGCCAGAAGGAGACCAAGAACAUCAUGAUCAUGAACCGUACCAACAUGCACUGGGUCCUGAAACCAGUGAUAGAAGGGGAGUACUUUAGUGGUCCUGAAAUCUUUGAGGUGGAACCUCAGCAAACCAAGCCAUUUGAGCUGUGUUACAGACCUCUGACUCUGACACCUGAGGGCAAGAAACACCUGGGCUCCAUCUUCUUCCCGCUGCCAGAUGGCACAGGGCUGAUGUAUAACCUGGUGGGUUCCUCUGACCCUCCAAAAGUUAAUGCCCGCAUCACACGUGACGUCCCCUGCAAAACCAGCUAUACAGAGAUCCUCUCUGUGAACAACUGGCUUAAGAGGCCUCAGAGAUUCAGAGUAAAGUUUGACCCACUGAAACCAGACAAGCUGGACUCUGGCACCACACUGAAGGGUCUGGACUACAUAGAUGUGCCAGGAAACACCAAGAAAGACUACAAACUCACAUUUUAUGCACACAAAGAGGGGCAGUCUGUUAUCAAGGUAACUUUCACCAACGAGCAGACAGGCGAGUACCAGUACUAUGAGCUGACAUACCGCGCCACCAAACCUGACGUCAUCGCCACGAUAGAGCUGACGACACCAGUGCGCCAGACAGUACAGCACACCAUUGAGCUGAAGAACCCCCUCACAUACAGUAUCACCUUUGCUGCCUCCUGUGAUAAACCUGAAGUCCUGAUGCCCAGUCAGCUGGUGGUGCCAGGGGAAACCACGGGUUAUUUCAACCUGGAGUACCUGCCACUGAAGGUCGGUGAAGAGACAGCCGAGCUGAACUUCAUCAGUAAUGAUCUGGGUCAGUACAACUACAUCCUGGUUCUGAAGGCUGCCCCAGCAGGACCAGAGAAGGCACUGUACUUCCGCUCCUGUCUGGGUCUCAACCAGGUGCAGCAGGCGCGAUUCCUGAACUUUGCCAAAAGUAAAACAGACUAUGCUUGCAAGAUUGACAAUCCAGAUUUUCACUGUGAAAAGAGCGUGCCAGCUGCUCCAGGAUCAAGUGGUGGAACCUGGGUUGCCUUGGAUGUCACUUAUGAACCUUCACGCAUAGGAGAGUCAAGAGGAACCCUGACCAUCACCUCACCCACUGGAGGGGACUACACAUUCCCAUUAUUCGGCACAGCCAUUCCUCCAAAACCACAGGGUCCCUUCAUUAUAAAGGCUGGCUCAACAACAUCCAUCACAUUCCGCAAUGUAUUCAUGCACACGACGCCGUUCACAUUCCAGGUGGAUAACCCAUUAUUCCAUGUGACAAAAUCAGGAGAAAAUAUCCGUUCACGGAAAGACCAUCGUAUUGUAGUUGGCUUUGAUGGCAAUGACAGUGGCACCAAGGCAGCAGUAAUGGGGAAAUUGAUUGUGACAUGUGCACGGUCAGCAGGAGGGUCAUCCAAUGUCCAGUGGGUGUAUUAUUUGAAGGGGAUUACACCUUAAGGAAAAGAUCAUUAUGUUUUUUCCGCAAAGACUUUUUACACAAUUUCAGUGUCAGAACUCAAUGAACUUUAACAACAAGAAACGUCCCAAACACUUGAAUUGCUCAAAGACUCAGUUUCCAUAGCAUUGUAAGACAUUAUAAAAAGAUAAGAUUCAUUGGGAACCAUAUAAAGGUACUCUUUCUGUAAUUUUCUGGAAAAUAUAUUUAUGUAUAUAAACAGACUUUGCAUCCAACACAAAAAGAAACAAACUUGCUUAGAUUUUUAUGAUGAAUUUAACAUAAUGUACAUUGUGCACAUAUUCUUUUUAAUUCUAUAUUAGUUUUCAAUUAAUUUCAGAAUUGAAAUCAGUGGUUUACCAUUGUCCGUCCAUAGAUACUUUUACUACUUUAAAACCGUCCCAAAUGUGUAAUAUAUACACACUUUUUUCUAACUGACCAAAUGUUUUUCAUGUUUUUAUAUCAAAACAAUUCUAACAAGGUAUUUUUUCCUGUUUGAAAUGUUUAUUGGUUUGUUGUAAAAUAAAUUGUAUUUAUCAGAGUGACCAUAUCAGUAUAUUGUACAAAGUUCAAGCAAUAAAUGUGUUGUGAUUGCU